AUCUUGUCAAGGCAAUGAGAUUUGUCGGUCACGCGAUGAAAGAAAAUGCCAUAUUACAUAUAUGUAGUAUGGCUUUUUUUAAAUAUAUAAUAAACAAUUAUUAUUAUUAUUAUAAUAAACAGUUUAAAUACAAAUGCAGCCCGAUGGGGGGGCACAAGCCAGUGCAAACUGUAGGCCGGUCCCGAGCCCGGAUAAAUGCAGAGGGUUGCGUCAUCAAGGGCUUCAAACUUUGCCAAACAAAUAUGAGCGUUCAUCCAAAGAAUUCCACGCCGGAUCGGUCGUGGCCCGGGUUAGCGACGUCCGCCACCGGUGGAAAUUCAGCUACUGUGGGUCGAAGUCGAAGAAGAAGAAGAAGAGAUGGAACGCGGGUUCUUUGGCAGAAAGAGAAGAGGAAAGCACAGAGCCUAGAACUGAACGUGGGGACUUUGAAUGUUGGGACUAUGACAGGGAAAUCUCGGUGGACAUGAUGAUUAGGAUGAAAAGGUUGAUGUAUUGUGUGUCCAGGAGAGCAGGUGGAAAGGCAGUAAGGCGAGAAGUUUAGGGCCAGGGUUUCAAUUAUUGGACCACGGUGUAGAAAUGGAGUCGGGCUUGUUUUAAAAGAAGCGUUGGCUAAGAAUGUCUUGAAGGUGACAGGGAUUUGUUACGUCCACCGGAGACCCAGUGGCCCACGCAGAGCUGAUUCGACGACUGAGCGAGGCUGUCGAUAGGCCAGCGGAGGUGGCUGUGGUCAAGUGAGCACGCUGGUAGCCCGGGGGAAUGGAUCAGUUGAUCGACUUUCCCCCUGCAGUAACGGUUGAUGUAGUGCGCGACCCCCAAGAGGCGGCGCCAGAGGAGGACAAACGUAAGUGGCAAAAGAAAGGUGCCGAGUAUGACGACAAGGAGAAGCUGCGGUUUGGCCCGGCGAGAGGCCCUAGGAGAUCGGUGUUACCGACAGGAAAGUUCAUGCGGUCAGCGGUUGAGGAAGUACACGCCUCGACACAUGAGAGUUAUGUGUCGAUGCUGAACAAGCUGCGCCCUGAUCUUCUGCGUGAGGUAAACGGGUUUUGUGUUUCUUGUGGUAUAGGUCAGAAUUUCAGCGUUGGCCCUACAACGAAGAGGGAACCGCAACACGCCGAGAUGGGCCGAUGCCCGAAUGAUGUGGUGGUAAUGGACUGCACCGACAUGGUAGUCCCAGUCCAAGGAAUAAGAUCCCUCUGUUGCAGACGUCCACGUCGGUGACCCUGCCCUUCCCGACUCACGUGUAAUUGAAAGUACUCCAAAGGAAGUGGUCUGAACCACGGAAAUGGAGCCGCUAACUGGUACCCGGUGAACCAUAAGUUCGGCGCGGACCACCAGGUGGAUUUGUGCUUCAGUUGGGUGCAGCUGAUUAUCCACUCCAAAUCGGGAUACUGGGAACCGAUGAAGGGUAGGAAUCUGCAGUGGAAGGACAGGAUCAAACUGGGAAAAGGUGCUGCACACUCUCUCCACCGCAGCACCAUUGAUGUUCAGGGGAGCAUGCUGGGAGUGCCCACAACAAUUUCCUUGUUUUUUUUCCACAUCUGAGGAGAGAUCGAUGUACGUCGCACCACCCGGCCAGGCGGAUCACCUCACUCCUGUAGUCUGUCUCGUCCCCGUUGCUGAUGAGACCCGCCACAGUUGUGUCGUCUGCAAACUUGACGAAGAGGUUGGAGCUGUAUGUCGGUGUGCAGUCAUAGGGCAGCAGGGCGAAGAGGAGGGGACUCAACACACAACCUUGACGGGUCCCCAUGUUCAGAGUGAUGGUGCUGGAUGUGUUGCUGCCGACCCGUACUUCCUGCGGUCUCCCUGUCAGAAAGUCCAGCAACCAGUUGCACGUCGAAGUGUUGAGCCCCAGCCGCUCCAAUAUGUAGAUCGGUAGUUGAGGAAUGGUGGUAUUGAACGCUGAGCUGAAGUCUGACAUAUGAGUCGUUAAAAGUCCAGGCGUGUGAGGGCAGACGGAGGGCGGCGGAGACGGCGUCAUCGGCCGACCGGUUGGACCGUUAUGCAAACCGGAAGGGGUCCAAGGAGGGGGAGUGGGAUGUCUCGAUGUGGUGCAUGACGAGCCGCUCGAAAGACUUCAUCAGGAUGGGAGUGAGCGUUACCAGACGAAUACAGGACUUCAAGGUAGCUUUGACAGAAGAAAACAUAAACUUGAAAACACUAAGAGAGCUGUGCUUCAAUGGAAUUCCAUUUGAAGGAGGCAUACGGGCACUUUGCUGGAAGAUUCUUCUGAAUUACCUUCCUCUUGAUCAGACACGAUGGGAUUCCUUCCUCACAAAGGAAAGGGAGGUGUAUUCCCACUUUCUGAAAGAAAUGAUCAUCCAACCUGGCAUUGCCAAAGCCAACUUGGGCCUAUCCAGAGAAGACGUUACUAUGGAAGACCACCCUCUGAAUCCAAAUCCAGAGAGCAGGUGGAACACAUACUUCAAAGAUAAUGAAAUUCUACUUCAGAUUGAUAAGGAUGUAAGGAGGCUGUAUCCAGACAUGGCCUUUUUUCAGCGUCCUACGGAUUACCCUUGCCAACUUAUCUUGGACCCUCAGAAUGAUUAUGAGACAUUGCGUCGGAGAGUGGAACAAACCACCUUGAAAGCACAAACUGUGAAUCGUAACCGCAGUGGAGUAACCAAUGUCAGCUCCCCUGGAAGGUCUUUGAACCUGUAUCCGUCGAAUGAAUACGAGGUGUUGCCCAAUGGUAGUGAAGCACAUUGGGAAGUGGUGGAGCGCAUCCUCUUCAUCUAUGCCAAACUCAAUCCUGGGAUUGCUUAUGUUCAGGGCAUGAAUGAAAUUGUUGGUCCAAUUUACUAUACCUUUGCCACAGACCCCAACAGCCAAUGGAAAGAGCAUGCAGAAGCAGAUACAUUCUUCUGUUUUACCAACCUAAUGUCAGAAAACAGAGAUAAUUUCAUCAAGAGCCUGGAUGAUUCCCAGUGUGGCAUUACAUACAAGAUGGAGAGUGUGUACUCUAUGCUCAAAGAAAAAGACCUGGAGCUCUAUCUCAAGCUGCUAGAACAGAAUAUCAAGCCUCAGUACUUCACCUUCCGGUGGCUGACCCUGUUGUUAUCACAGGAGUUCCUCCUGCCAGAUGUCAUCCGCAUUUGGGAUAGUCUGUUUUCCGACCAGGACCGCUUCCACUUCCUCAUCCUGGUCUGCUGUGCCAUGCUCAUACUGAUCCGGGCUAACCUCCUGGCAGGAGACUUCACAGCGAAUAUGAGAUUAUUACAGGAUUACCCCAUCUCAGAUGUCCACACCAUUCUGACUAAGGCCAAAGAGCUGCAAGACAACUCCUAACCCUAUUCUCUCUCCUUCCAUUUGCUGCCUCCUCUCAGAUGCGGUGAGUGGAAGCCGAAACAACAACAAAGCAUUAUCAAUUGUGUUUAAGGACCUGAACACGUGUUGUGUGUGUGGGGGGGGGGGGCAUCAUAUUGCCUUUUAACUGGAUGACUGAUAUUGUGAUCAGAGUGGACUGCUAAGAGAACUUGUGGUGAGGAGGAAAUGGAUCUCAUUGCAUUAUGGGGAACAAGGUCCCUGGGGUCAUCCUCCAUUCUCAGCCAUCUCUCCUAUGGAGACUCGUUGUUCUGACUGAGUUUGCAUCUGCAGGAGGCAUGUUACGUGAAUGAAAACAUUCCACAGAUGCUCAACAAGGGCGACAAGAUUUUAAUGAAACACUGCAAUACCAUUUGGAAGCAUAUUAAAUUAGUUUGAGCAGUAGUGCAUGUUUUCCUUUCCUAUGUUUUUGGCCUUUGUGCUAUUUUAAAAACCUGAUGAAUCCUGUGUCGAAUUUGACAAGUGUCGGUAUUUGAAGGGUAAUUAUGAAGUGAUGAGACUCGCAUCGUGUUUUGGAAAAUCGUUAUUACUUAAGCAUUGUGCCUUUAGCCUUGUGAUGAAUUGAAACAUUUUGUACUGUAUCACCCUGACAGAAUUAAAUAUUACUGAAUUGCAAAAAAACUUCCAAGGAUCAUUUGCACUACCAAAUGUUAUGCUAUAAAUGAAGUAACUAGUAUUUGCCAACAUUUGUAUGUCUCAAAGUUUUGAAAGAAUAUUAAUUGAUGAUUCCAGGUUCAUAUUACAAGUGAAACAUUUGUGUGACACGUCCACUGUUUUACGCAUUUGAUAUGAUUUACUGUACAUUAUGGACAGUAUGUGACGGCGGGCUUGUACAUGUUUUUUUCCUCUGCGUGGGGAGAGCUCAAAGGAGCUACCUUGGGAUAGCUGUCCUCAUCCAUCUUAUUUUCCUUUGCAGAUUCUGUGCCUUUUGUGCGAUCACUCAGUCCCCACAAUUGGGGACAUUUGUUUGUGUUGUGAUGUCACCUUUUUUUUUUUUUUUUUUUUUUUUUCUUUCUCUCUUUCUUUUAAACAUUGUAAGGUUAUCACUGUAUGACGAACCCACAUUUUAUUUUAUUUUUUUUCCCACAAAUGCUUCCUCCCAGUUCCUCGACAGAGGAAAACACUGCAAUGCAAGCCCUGAGUCGGUUUGGAAUGUGAAUGUGAAUAUACAGAAUGUAUCUCGAAAACCUUAGUCUACCACAUAUCAUCCACUCAAAAACACGUGAACAAGGUUAAUCUGUAAGUAAACUAAAGUGACAAUCUGUGCCGCCAGUGACAUAAUCUUGAUGCUGUUUAUUGGAAUGUAACGUGCACAUACACAGUCAACGGGAUUCUUUGUAGAUGAAUUACUUGCGAGAUUGGCUAAAUGUACAAGUGUUUUGGUCGGUCUCUAUCAUGUCUAUAAUGCAAACUCAAUUUUCAGUGUGCGUUAUACGUAUGCAGAGUAUGUUGUUGCGGCUUUCGGCUUGUCCCAUCAGCGGUCACCGCAGCACGAUUUGUUUGGCACAGUUUGGACAUCGGGGGACCUUCCCGACGCAACCCACCCGUUUUUUUAAUCCGGGUUUUGGACCAGUAGUGGCUGGCUAUCGAGGCACCUGCCAAGAUUUGAACCGUCGCCGUCUGCGCAAAAUGCAGUAGCAUGUACCACCACCAUACUUCCAGUGCUGUAUAUAGAAUAUACAAUUAAAAAAAAAAAAAUAAACAAAUGUCAAUGUGGCGUAUCUCAUGAUUCGUCCCUACUUGGUAUACUGGUCUCGCUCAACUGUCUUCGGCAUGAACACGUUUUUUUCUUAUCAAAAAGCUACUUAAGGAAUGUAUAUUCACUGGGGAAAGGGUGGAAAAGAGAAGGUAAACUGGGCUAUCUGUUGUCAAUGUAAAACCAUUGUCCCAAAAAACUUUGGGGGACAAUGGUGUCUGAUCAGUACUUGUAUGACUUUAAAAGAAAAACAGCAAGGAAGUAACAUUUUACUUAGAGUAAUUGUAAAAGCCUCCAGCUUUGCAAAACCUUUUAAUUGCAACGAGACACGCACGUCUUGACUCAUGUUAAAAUAUUACAAAGGCACCUUUUGUAUCACCAAAAGAACCCGAUAUUCCAGAUCUGUGCGACGUAAACCAUCGUGAAGCAUCUUAAAAUUCAAGUUGGCGUUGUGGCGGAAGGGAUACAAUGUACUUGUAAAACCUGUCAGGUUGCAUCUUCCAAACUUUAUAUUCAUGAUUUUGUAACGACUCCAGUGUUAAUAAUUAUGCAUAUGUUUUUGUUUUCAAAUGUGCAUU